AAUGGCUCAGCUCCCGUGCUCCCUGAAAUGCGCUACUACUCAGCGUGUCUUCUUCCUCUCUCUCUUUCUCUACCAUGCCGAUUCCCUCAGCUUCCGGUACGACUCCAUCAACACGACCAACAAGGUCGAUUUCGGCGCGCUCGGGGAUGACUGCAACAUCAGCGAUCACAGGGCCGACCUCACCAGCAUAAGCGUCAAUAACUACACCAACAACAUCGGCCGCCUGGUGUACCCCGAGCCGGUGCAACUCUGGGACGCUGCCACCGGCGAGACGGCCAGCUUCACCACCAUCUUCUCCUUCGGCAUGGACGCCGUGCCGGGGCAGCCGGUUGGCCAUGGCAUGGCCUUCUUCCUCACCUCCCAAGUCGACGUCCCGUCUAGCCUACCCGCGGAGUCCUACGGCGGCUACCUCGGCCUCUUCAGUCCUGGCGCCACCGGGGGUGACCAUGUUGUCGCCGUGGAGUUCGACACGUUCAGGGACGAGUGGGACCCCAGCGACCGUCACAUCGGAGUCGAUCUUAACAACAUCAGCUCGUUCGGCAGCUACACCACCUUGCCGAACGACAGCUUCGUCGGCCGGGUCAUGUCCGCGCGGAUCGACUACAACAGCGGCACGGGCCAGCUCGAGGUCAUGCUGCACAACGGCAGCAGCGACGGCGCGACCCAUGAUCUCAGCAUCAAUGUUGACCUGCGAAGCUUCCUGCCGGAGAAGGUCAUCGUCGGCUUUUCAGCGGCGACGAACUCAGAGCGGGUCGCGCUGCACUACGUGCUGUCCUGGUCUUUCAGCUCUUCGCUGCCGCUGGUUGCGAAUUCAUCUCACAAAUCACAACCGCGGCGCACUGCUGUGCGGCUCGUGGCCGGUGUCACCGUGGCAACGGUGCUGGCUCUCCUGCUAAGCAUGGCCGUAGGGGUGCUGUUGUGGCGGUCGAGACGCCAGGAGCAGUAUGCCGCCGACGACGACGACGAUGACGGCGACGACGAGGACCCGUGGGCGAUCGACAAGGACCUCGAGUCAGGCUCGGGACCACGGCCGUUCCAGCUGAGCAAGCUGACGGCAGCGACGAGAAACUUCUGUGAGGAGACAAAGCUCGGGCAGGGCGCGUCCGGGUCGGUGUACCGCGGUCGCGUCGAUGAGCUCGACGUCGCCAUCAAGGUGUUCUCCAGGGGUGGCUCGGCGCAGGGGAAGCGAGAGUACACGGCGGAGGUCACCGUCAUCAGCCGGCUGCGGCACCGCAACCUAGUGCAACUCAUAGGCUGGUGCGACGGCCGCAAGAAGCUCCUCCUCGUCUACGAGCUCGUGCCCAACGGAAGCCUCGACCGGAACCUCUACGGCGCAACGGCGGUGCUGCCAUGGCCGGCGAGGUACAGAAUCAUCCUCGGGCUUGGCGCCGCCGUGCUGUACCUGCACGAGGAGUGGGGCCAGUGCGUCGUCCACGGCGACAUAAAGCCGAGCAACAUUAUGCUCGACGAAUCCUUUGGCGCCAAGCUAGGCGACUUCGGCCUCGCACGGCUCAUCGACCACGGCGUGGGCCUGCAGACCAUGACCGCCGUGGCCGGCACGCCCGGAUACCUCGACCCGGAGUGCAUCGCCACCGGGAAGGCGAGCAGCGAGUCCGACGUGUACAGCUUCGGCGUCGUGCUCGUGGAGGUGGCCACCGGCAGGCGGCUCAUGGCGCCGCCGCCGCCGGGCGACACGAGGAUCUUCCGGCUGGUGGAGUGGGCAUGGGGAAUGUAUGGUCGAGGCGCGGUGCUGGACGCGGCCGACGAGGCGCUGUGCGGAGAGUUUGACGCUCGGGAGGUGGAGCUCGUGCUGGUGAUCGGGCUGUGGUGCGCGCACCCCGACGCCAGGGCGCGGCCGAGCAUCAGGGAAGCAGUCGAGGUGCUGCGCUCGGGGAUGGCCGCCAGGGUGCCGGCGCUGCCCCCUCGGAUGCCCGUGGCCAUGUACGUGCAGCCUUACGAUCCGACUGAGAAGCAUGUCGCGGAGGACGCGUCGAAGGCAAAGCACGGGAUGAGCUCUCACGAUUACGGCCGCCAGCCUCCGGCCGCCGACGACUACCAGACGCUGUCUACCACCUCGAGCAUUCCCCCCGUUGGGUCCAAACAGUCGGUGCGUUUGCUGAGCGGUAGGUAGUUCGCUCUUUUCCCUGUCGACAAAAAAUGUACUCCCUCCUGUCCAAAUUAAU